AUGGCAGGGGGGUGGCCGGGGCAGUGCUGUGUGGUAUGGCGGCCCUGCAGCGCAAGGACCUCUACGACCCCAUCUCCUUUGGGAAGGACCGGUGGUGCCCGUCGAGAGGGUGGAGCUGUUGCUGCAAGUGCAGGCCUUGUCCAAGCAGAUCCGGGUGGAGGAGCAGUACGUGGGCAUGCUGGACUGCUUCACGGGCAUCCCCAGGGAGCAAGGAUUUUCAGCUUUUGGCAUGGCAGUUUGGCAAAUGUCAUAUGGUAUUUCCCAACACAGGUUCUAAACUUUGCUUUUAAGGACAAAUACAAACAGAUUUUCAUGUCCAAAGUGGAUAAAGAAAAACAGUUUUUUACCGCAGUGCCAGAAACUUUUCUUGCCACAGGCUUUUCUGGUGGUGCUGACCAGGAGGAAUGCUGUCAGUCAUUAAAAAAGUGGUUUUUUGCAAAUCUGGCUUCUGGCUGAGCAGCAGGAGCAACAUCCAUGUGUGUAGUGUACCCGUUAGACUUCGCACGAACUCGUUGAGCUGCUGAUACUGGGAAAGGUGCUGCUGAGCGACAGUUCCAGGGACUUAGUGACUGAAUUAUUAAAAUUGCGAAGACAGAUGGACUCCCUGGCCUGUACCAGCGUUUUGGUGUUUCAGCACAGGGAAUCACUGUAUACUGAGCCUCCUAUUUUGGAUGUUCUGACAGCAUUAAGGGAUUAUUGCCAAAUGCAAAACAAACUCCAUUCAUUCUUUCCUUUUUCAUUGCUCAAGUUGUGACUACUUGCUCAGGAAUGCUGUCUUACCCUUUGGACACUGUCAGGAGACGCAUGAUGAAGCAGAGCAGGGAGACUGAACAUCAAUAGAAAGGAACUGAUGACUGCUUUCUGAAAAUACACGAGCGAGAGGGGCUUCAUGCUUUCUUCCAUGGAGCAUUCCCCAACAUCCUUCGUGGAGCAGGAGGAACCUUAGUGCUAGUUCUUUAUGACAAAAUCAAGGACAUUUUUAAUCUCGAUGUUUCAGAGUUCAGGAACUGA